UUUUAAGGAACCUUCAUGUACAGCCUUGCAGAUUUCCCUGACAAUCGUUACUGCUUUCAAUGCUGAAUAUGCCUCCCGCGACGGGAAUCGCUUCCUUCGCCUUUGCCGUCCGACGAUGAAAUGCAAUACUCCAUGAAGGCGCGAAGGACCCUGUGAGUUGAGUGUCUCAUGUAACAACAGUCCAUCAUUGGAAUUUUUCCUUGUGUUCUUCACUUUCUUCUACUUUUCAUUCUGUAUAUUGCCCAUCAUACAUUACUUGAGAAGAGUCUCGCCUUGCCACUUCGUUCCUCGGGCACAUUUGUACUAUCAUAUCGAAGAAAGAAUCCAUCAUUCAUCAUGUCCCAAACACGGUCGCGUGACCAACAGCCCAAUCGGCAAACAUCAGCAACCAGAGUGCAGAGCUCACCCUAUUCCCUCGCCGGACCUCCACCAAGUCAGCUUGGGAGAUUUACAACCGGUACCAGCACUCACGAUGGCAGCAGCGUUACCACUCGAAGACAUCGAAACUCAAGCACACGCGAUGAACGGAGUUCUUCUGAUAAACCCAUCUGGGGUCUGGCCGCUCCCUUUCCACGCGUUAGGCGCGCUCGAAUGGACCGUCGAAGCACAAAUCAACAGAGGGAAGCCUCAGCCGACACGAUUCGAACUCUCCGGGAGUCCACAAGUGAGGUAUCAAGACAACCGUCUGGGCCAGUAGGGACUCAGCCAGCCCCCCAGGUUGAGGUGACUCCUGAUAGGCAUGAGGAGCACAGACAACCACAAGACGGCGGAAAGGAGGCUGCAGCUAGAAGGGGUGACAUCCUACGACGCGCGACGACGGCACAUCCAUCAACACUACACGAAGGACUUGACAAAUACUCAACCUUACGACCGGAAGAUGCCGUCAGCGAAAGAGAAAGUCGUCGGAGUCAAGAGUUGGCAGUUGAGCACAUCAGUGCGCAAGACCAGGCAGCCUCAGAAAAGACUCCGUCACAGACAACUCGACCAAGCAACGCUUUAGGUGCCGACCUUCAAAGGCUUCCAUCAAGGUCAACUGGCCAAGCUGCCGCCCGAAAAAAGACGGAAAACUCAGCCGAUGGACGGCAACCUUCCCUCACAAUUGAGUCCGAAGUUGACCGUGCUCGGAGGCUUUUGCAGUCUUAUGCGGACACGGCAGAGCCUGAGCUGGGCCCGCACGACGAUCCACAAAACAUCGACUGGGAAGACAUCAAUGAGACGCAUGAUGAAAAGCACGAGUCUACAGAUGAAGCCGAGCACAAGGAGCCGGAAGACUUCAACGCCUGGGGUAGGUUUCGCCGCAAGAUUCGUAAGCCAUUCGCCGAGUUCCUCGGAACCGUGGUCUUCAUGACCAUAGGUCUUUGUGCAAGUGUCGUCCGUACAGCGGCUGCUGACGACUAUGGAAAUCUGCUGACAGCCUACCUUGCUUGGGGGAUUGGUGUGAUGAUCGGGAUUUAUAUUGCAGGCGGAGUGUCUGGUGGUCACCUGAAUCCUGCCAUCUCCAUCAUGCUGUCGGUCUAUCGAGGCUUUCCAUGGUCACAGUGCUGGCAGUUCAUCGUUGCGCAAUUGCUCGGAUCCAUAGCAGCUUCCGGGAUUGUGUACGGGCUGUACAAAGAUACGAUUGAGGAAUAUCAGGCUUCCAAAGCCGAGAAACUCGGUCCGGCCUUCUGGACACAACCUCGCACAGGAUUGAGCAACGCUUCCGCCUUUUUCACCGAGUUCACAGCCACCGCAAUCGCAUCAGGCUCGGUCCUAGCGCUCGGAGACAGCGACAACUCGCCACCAGGAGCUGGUAUGAGCGCCUUUAUCGUUGGUUUGCUUAUUAUCGCCCUGCAAAUGGCGUUCUCAUACAACACCGGCACUGCUCUCAAUCCUGCUCGGGAUUUGGGUCCUAGGCUUAUAACGUUGGCUGCCGGGUUUGGUAGCGAAGUCUUCACAAUGAAAGGCGCCUGGUGGGUCUGGGGCCCAUGGUUGGGAACUAUUACUGGGGCUCUUUUUGGCGCCUUAUGCUAUGAUGCUUUUGUUUUUAUCGGCGGAGAGAGCCCCGUCAACUAUCCGACUGGAGAAGUGGGAGCACGGAUAAGGUCCUGGGGUGAAACCAGAAAUCUUUCGAAUAUGGGACGGGGGAAGCAAGACCAGGACGAGAAUGCUAAACGGAUUGCUGAGGCUGUCUGAUGACAGGUAUUCUUUCUUUGUUCAUUGUGGUUUGGCUAGGGUUUGUUGUAUAUUCUGGCAGUGUAUCAGAUAGAAACUCGUCAUGUCUGCCACCCCCAUGAAGGCUGCGGUCUGUAGUCACUGCCGAUGAUCGACCGAAAUCCUCGUCAUUGAAACAACUCCUCGCGACCAAUGCAGGUCUUCGCUCCUA